AUGAUCCAGUUUGAUAGCGUGAUUCCAGGUCUCCAGCAUUUAUAUGCUCCAAAAAUGGAGGAGGACAAUGACCUAGCAACAGUAGAUAGGUUCCGCCUGACUUACGAUGGUCCUGAUCUCGAAAUCAUAGAGCGAAUCCGGCGGAUGUAUGAAAGAGUCCCUUUUGGAAAAAGCAAAAAUGAGGAUGAGGAAGGACGGAAAAAGAAGAAAAAGAGGCCCAAAUUUUUGACCAGGCUCAAAAAUGAUUUGGACUUUAGAAGAAAAUUCAUCUUAACUGUUGGAUUGCUUUGGUCUUUUAUGAUCCUGGGGUGGAUCAUAGGACAAUUCGGCCCCUCUUUCCUUGACUUACAAAUCAUUACUUCCACCACCAUAAAGAAAGGAUCCGCCUUUAUGACGGCUAAUUCUGUGGGGUACCUCACAGGGUCCCUCCUUUGUGGGGUCCUUUUUGACAGCUACAAUAAACUCUUGCUCCUGUUUAUUGCCGUCCUUGGUAACGCUAUAACGGCAGCCAUUAUUCCGUGGUGCUUUGUGUAUGAAAUAAUGGUCAUCAUGCACAUCGCCAAGGGGACAUUCUGCGGAGCUCUAGACGCCAUUUGUAAUGCCGAAAUAGUCUACACAUGGGGUGAAGAGGGAAGAGUCUACAUGCAAGCUCUACAUUUUUGUUUUGCAUUAGGAGGAAUCAUAUCGCCAAUAGCAACCGCUCCUUUCUUGGCUCCGAAACAUAAGACUUUCUUCCUCAGCAAAACUCCUGUAGAUUAUUACAUACCGGAAACAGAUUUUGACACUGUGAAAGUUGCCGUAAAUGGAUCAAAAUCUGAUACAGGGAUUGAUUUUACUGUGAACUCCGUCACAAAUGUUUCUUUUACCAAAAACGUCACGUAUAUAACUAAACUGGUUCCCCAUCCUCCUCCAAAAUCCAGAAUUUAUAUCGCCUACCUUCUCUCCGCCCUCCUGGCCUCUACAGCAGCGCUGUUCUUCUUCAUUUUAUACAGAAAAUCCAUGAAGCAGAAGAAGAGAAAACUGAAAAAGCGAACAAAAACCGAGGAAUCUCAACCAAAAGUGCUUCCUUUGAAAUCCAAAAUAAUAGCCAUUGCAAAUAUGAUGUGCAUUAUGGGAUGCUACAGCGCAAUAGAAGAUACGUUUGCUGGCUUCCUCGCAACGUUUUGUGUCAAACAAAUGGAUUGGUCUAAAUCUGCAGGCUCCUUUGCAACCUCGUUUUACUGGGCAGCAUUCGGAGGGGGUCGUUUCUGUGGAAUAUUUCUCGUGCGCUUUUUAACUCCGGUGCGAAUGAUAUGCAUGUAUAGUGGUCUUCUGAUUGUAGCUUUUACUGGAUUAUUCUUGACUUCCAACGAAGGUUAUGACGCGGGAGUUUGGAUUUGUGCAACGUUAGCGGGGUUUGCGCUUUCUAUCAUUUUCCCUACCAUGUUUAUUUGGACUGAGGAAGAACUACUUACAAUAACGGGGAAAGUUGCGUCACUGUUCUUGAUUGCGUCAUCAUCAGGCACCAUGGUUAACCCCAUUGUACUUGGGACUCUCAUGGAUAAACUCACGCCUAUGUGGUUCUGUUAUUUAUUAUUCACAGAGAGUGUGCUUUUAUUGGUGUUCUACUUAAUAGCUCAACACAUCGCUUCUGUCAUACAUGCUCCAAAUACUGAAAAGGGGAGCAAAUUUGAUGACGUACGCCCCGUAUUUUAUGAUGAUUUUGAUCCACGAAGCUUCUUGACUGACAAAUCAAAAGAGCAGAAAUCCAAAGUGAAUCCGGAUCUGACACUAAGUAUAAUUCCAUUAAAUGACGAGGAUCCAAAAAUAGCAGAUAUGGAUGUGAAGGAGAACUCGCUGCCAUUUAGCGGAAGUGACGAAGAAUCAGAGACUGAAUCUUUGUUGACUGGCGAAGACCGCGUCCAGAGUUAAUCCGAAUUUUAUAAAAAGUUGAAUGCUGAAA